UUGACUCACAGAACAAUGGAAACCACGAGCUCCAGUCCGAUAAAGCCCAGGCGAAAAGACAAGGACGAAGAUAAGUUCCGAAUCGGUGCCACAGUUGCCUUUAUCGUGGUCAUCAUUGGAAUUGGCGUGCCUAUGUGGUGGCGCACCACCACUGUUUAUAGAGUUAAUUUGCCCUCGUCGGCCAUUCUGAGCCUGAGUGAAAUCCCCAUCAAAACGGCAGUGCAGGUGGCCAUCUACACACAGCAGCCCAGUCGUGGUCAGUUGCUCAUCGCGGAACUGCGGAGUGCCUUCAGCGAUAGCGAAAUAUGGAGUGUGGAAUUCAAGCAGCUGUCGCCGACUACCAAGACCCAGGAGGCUCAUACUCCGGCGGCUCUGGAGAAGCUGCUGCUGGAGGAGAAUGUCCAGAGUGUUGGCGACUUUAUGUUUAUCGAGUGGCCCAAGCUGCAAGAGGAACUGCUGCUGACCACUGAACGAUCGGCCCUUAUGCGAAGUGACACAACCUCCAACAAGAUUGCCCAGCUGUUGAAUGCUAAGAUCCUGCAGACGUAUCGUGUUAAUCAAAUUUUGAGUACAGACGAGAGGAUGGGAGCCAAGUCGGAAGCGCCGCAACCGGCCUACGAUGUUAUCGUCUCGGUUUUAAAUCCGAAACCUCGACUUACCAAUGCCAAGUGGAACAUUGCUAUGGCUGUGAAAACCUAUAUUGAGCCCUGGUUGGCGCAGGUGUCGGGCGUGUCCAACUAUACGGUGCGAUCGCAGUGGAAGUACCGGGUGUCCAUCGAGGCCGAUCUCAAGCAGGUGCGCGACCAGAGCAAAUUGGGGCGACACUACGCCCUGCAGGAGUCCGCCCUGCCCCAUUUACUGACCACGAUUGCCCAGAACCUGAGCGCCAGCACCACCGACAAGCCAGCCAUCAACCUGGUUGUGUAUAUCCCACCCUGCCACACGGCUCCGUUGCACAUCUACAACAACAAGGAUCACCGGCUGACCAGAAAUGGCGUGGAUGCCUUUAUUUCACCGCCUUGGGGCGGCUUCAUCAUAGCCAAUCCGCCGGAACAUGUAUGUUUGGCUGCCGCCAACGAUCAGCAGCCAGUGCCCUAUCACGUCAGCACGACGGACAACAUGCAGGUGAUGCUGGACCAGCUGCACAAGCUCUUGGACAUCAGCAGCGAACUGCAGAUGGAGGGCGUAAAGGCGGUGGACAUCGAGCAACUGGAGCCACGUCGCUGGGAGUACGAGGCGUACCUCAGGCGCAGCGCCAUCCGUCACAUUGCCACCGCCAGCAGCACGCUCCAGAGUCUUAUCAAGCUUCUGGAUCAAAUCAGCUACAUUGUGAUAGACGACGAGGUGGGUGCCGCAAUAACGAAUUCCUAUGCGGACAUUUUGUCCGCCAAGGCAGCCCUUCUGGAGCACCGACUGGCCGAAGCAUCCGAGCUGGCCAAACGGGCCUUUGUGGCCUCGGAGCGGGGAUUCUUCGACGCCAGUCUGCUGGCCCAGCUGUACUUUCCCGACGAACAGAAGUACGCCAUCUACAUUCCCCUCUUCCUGCCCAUCAUGGUGCCCGUUCUGAGUUCCUUCAACAUGCUGCGCAGUGUGCUGCAGGCCAGGCGCAAGGAAAAGCAGUCUUAAACGAACCGUAACGAAGUAUAGUAAUAUCCCUCCCCAUUAAAACCACAUAUAUAUUCUUUAUAAGCUGUUAAUGCUGCCAUUCAAUGGUUCACUUUGGUUUAAUGUAGUACAUGUCAUCUUCAAGGCCGCGCAGCUUAUUGUUUUUACCCAGUUGGUAAUGUUCCAACAUGUUUACGCUGUAGACUGUCACACAUAGGAGGUAACUGAAAACGAUCCGUCGCAUCAUAUUUUGAAUUUGUCGGGGAAGCCUAAACCUUGGGUGGAGUUGGUUUGGAAAGCAGUGAAAUUUUGAUCUAUCGUAGCGUCUUAAACAUUUGAAUACAAAUCCACGUGCCACUAUUCAUUCUACAAGUUUUGCCAGAUGGGUGUGCUGCGAAUUGGAUGUCAUGGCUGGCGGAGAUUGCUCCCCUCGGCCACCAGCUUAGUCCACGUCCACUCAGCGUGUGAACGCGCGUAUAGGUCAGGUUCAGCGCAAGAUCGCUGCCGGAUGAAUGUCAGCCGUGACAGGAACGCAGACACGCAUUCGGUGGUUAAGUCAUGUCCAAGCUGAUAUUUUAAAUGGGAUUUUAAUUUGUUUUUUUUUUUCUUUUUAUCCAACAAUCAAUUGGUUAUUUAUUAGGACGUAGAGUUGGCGACAAAACAAAAAUAUAUAUAUAUAUUCUCAUACAAAUUAGUUAUUGGAAAUUUAAUUUACUAGUAUUGUGGUUCAAUACUACUAUUAAUUGGUAACAUAAUUUACUAUUC